AUGACUUCGGAAAAUGUGGAUAAUGAGAGAGUGCCUUUUGAGGUCGCGAUUGAUAGAACAGGUUUUGGUUUGUACAGCUACAUCCUCACGGCCCUCACGGGGCUGGUCAUCAUCUCCUUCGCAUGUAUAGUGUUCAGUAGCACCAUCAUUGUGCCAUCCAGCGCCUGCGAGCUGGAGACCACGGGCGUUCAACAGGGCCUGCUGGCUUCGGCACCUAUAAUUGGUACAAUAAUAGGGGCCAUCUUAUGGGGCUACCUGGCAGACACGCGCGGCCGUCGUUCUAUGUUGCUGGUGUCACUCCUCGGCGGCACCAUCAUAAAUGCAAUAGCCAGCUUAUCAGUCAACUGGAUUAUGUUGCUAAUACUGCAGUUUAUUGCCUCUUUGUCGUCGUCUGGCCAGUACACAAUAUCAAUGACGAUUCUCAGCGAAAGCGUGCCAAUGGCCAAGCGGAAUAUCGUGCUGCUCUUGGUUACUAGUAUAUUUCUGCUGGCACAAGGAAUCAUGGCAGCUCUGGCGAUGCCGGUGAUUCCUCUAUCGUUCUCAUACUAUCUAUCAGGACUGGGGAUAUACUGGAACUCCUGGCGUACUCUCAUGUUAGUGUACUGCAUACCCAGCCUCAUCUGUGCCGUGUGGCUAAUGUUUAUGCAGGAGAGUCCUAAAUACACUUUAGCAAAAGGUGACGAGGAAGAAACAUUGCGAAUAUUAAGAAGUAUUCAUAGAAUGAAUAAUAGAAACUCAAAUAAACAACUUCAGGUCAAUGGGCUGGAAAAAGAAUCAUCACAAGAGAAGACUUCAGUUAAGAAGAAAAUAGCACCACUUUUCAAGCGGCCUCUCGUGAAAUAUACGGCGAUUAUGGCAACCCUCUCAAUAUUUCACCAAAUAACAGCAUUCGGUGUUUGGCUGCCAACAAUAGCAAAUAAGUACGUCAGCUUGUUGCAAACUGGAGAAGGAUCUGAUUUGACUCUGUGCGGUAUAUAUAACGCAGAUAUUGAUAUACCUGAAGACCCUGAUGCUGUACCAUGUGCUUUGGACACUACAGCCCUGACCAUAGUACUGAGCGUCGGAGCAUUGCAAUCAGUUGUUAAUUUACUGAUCAGUGUGGUCGUCAUUUACACUGGUCGUCGCAACACUGUAAUGGCGAUAGCUGGAUUCUGCGGGAUCUGUGGUAUCCUCAUCAACAUGGUGCCGAACGCCAUUGUCAGUCUUGUGCUGUUCGGAAUCUACUUAAUGGCUAUGAUGCUGCUGGGGCUGUAUACAGCUAUAAGUGUUGCACUCUUUCCAACAAACCUCAGAGCCCUAGCAGUUUCCCUGACCAUGACGGGAGGUCGAAUAGGAAGCUUCGCCUCGAUCCAGAUUCUCAACUUUCUUCUCGUAAAUAAUUGUGAAGUUGGUUUCUACGUAUACGCCUCUAUAUUCACUUUAUCGGCGGUGGUUGCAUCAUUCCUGCCGAACGACAGAUUAGUGACGCAACAACAUCUGAAGCAACUCAACGAAGAAAUUGAAAGCAAAAAUGAUAAUAAAAAUCUAUAG